CGCCGAAGCAAGCGACACCUGGCAGGUUUGGAGAGUCGGCUGUGCGGCAGUACCUAGACUUGUCGGUGCCGGAGGCGGCGGCCACUGAGGACGGGACUAGGAGCUGGACACGCGAGAACGAGGUCACCACGCCGAGACUGUCUGCUGUCGCUAGCCGCAGACCGAGCCGCGCCCCAGCACCGGAAAGAAGCAGGAGGUGGGCUCCAGAACUGGGCCGCGGCGCUUAGCUCUGGAGCGCAGGCUUCGCUGCGCGGGCCACGAGGGAGCUCGGAGGUUUCCGGGAGCUUGCUGCACAGCUUUGUCUCCCUCCUUAUGGAUUGGCAAUAAGUAGUAAAGGCUGGCAGGAAGAGCUUGGAAAGAAAAGUUACUAAAGGCUGAAGUACUGAAUAAACCUACACGCAUCGAAUACUUGUAACAAUUUAUGAGCAAGUCGCGUGCUACCCUGCAUUACGCGCUCUCCCUGAGAGGUUUUCUCUUAAUUCGUUUGGUUCAGCGGUGAUACGAAUAGGAUCGAUUGUUCUGAGAGGAGGUCACAAGAAUCGCCAAACCUAGUGUAUUGUGAUUCACGUUAGAUUUCAUUAUCCGUAAUGCGCAAAACUAAUUUGUUGCGUAUUGCUCGUUACUAUUAGUAAUAAAUACCAUUGCCCAUGAAUUAUGGGGUGUUUUUGUUUCUUCCUUUUUUUUUUUUUAACACUGGAAGAUUUUAGAAGAGUACCUAAUAUUCAUACGAUGAAAAGUUUUGGCUCCCUACUAUAUGUAUCAGCACAAGUUUACAAACAAGAGGACUGAAUCUAUAUCCAAAAGGAGAUAAUAGAUCAGCUGGAAGCUCAUUUCAGUAAAUGAUUGUGCCAGGUGUAGUGGACUGUAUUAUUCAGGAGUUUUAAGUUUGACUGCACACUGAAAUCACAUGGAGAACAUUUAGUAAUACUGAUUCCUGCGUCUGAAUAAGCUGGAGACUGAGAUGUAAUUGGCUUGGGAUAUGACUUGGGCAUCCAGAUUCUUGAAAGCUUGCAGGUCACUCUGAUGUACAAUCAAAGUUGAAAGCUACUGAAUUAAUUAAUUUGAAAUAAAUCUGUAGUCAUGAAGAAUGACUCCAUACAAACCACAAUGUGUCAAGAAGGAAAAAAAGAUCCAAUAGAAAUGUUUCAUUCUGGACAGCUGGUGAAAGUCUGUGCCCCGAUGGUUCGAUAUUCCAAAAUUUUAUGUGUUCACAGGUUGGCUUUUAGAACACUGGUGAGAAAAUACCAUUGUGAUCUGUGUUAUACUCCAAUGAUAGUUGCUGCUGAUUUUGUCAGAUCUAUAAAAGCCAGAGACAGUGAAUUUACCACCAACCAAGGUGAUUGCCCAUUGAUUGUUCAGUUUGCUGCUAAUGAUGCAAGACUUUUAUCUGAUGCUGCUCGUAUAGUAUGUCCUUAUGCGAAUGGAAUAGACAUUAACUGUGGUUGCCCUCAGAGGUGGGCAAUGGCAGAAGGUUAUGGAGCUUGCUUAAUAAAUAAGCCAGAGCUUGUUCGAGAUAUGGUGAAACAAGUAAGAAAUCAAGUGGAAAACCCCAGAUUUUCAGUUUCUAUUAAAAUAAGGAUCCACGAUGACCUUACAAGAACUGUAGACUUUUGUCGAAAGGCUGAAGCCACAGGAGUUAAUUGGAUUACAGUCCAUGGAAGAACUGUUGAAGAAAGACAUCAGCCAGUCCACUAUGAUGCCAUUAAAAUAAUAAAGGAAAACAUGUCUAUACCUGUGAUUGCUAAUGGAGACAUCAGAAGCUUAAAAGAAGCAGAAAAUGUGUGGCAGAUUACUGGCACAGAUGGUGUGAUGGUUGCAAGAGGACUCUUGGCAAACCCAGCCAUGUUUGCCGGAUAUGAGGAAACGCCAUUGAAAUGUAUCUGGGACUGGGUCGACAUCGCUCUCGAACUUGGAACUCCUUUUAUGUGUUUCCAUCAACAUUUAAUGUACAUGAUGGAAAAAAUAACUUCAAAGCAGGAAAAAAGAAUAUUUAAUGCUCUGUCAAGCACAUCAGCAGUUUUAGAUUACCUGACAGACCAUUAUGGCAUUUGACUACACUUUCCAUAUUAUUUUAAUAUAUAAUUUAUUUUAUACCUACAAGAAAACAUACAAGGUCACAUCUUAGUUUUUACUUUAAAUUAGUGACUCUCAAACUUGAGUAUAAAAACAGUCCCUGGAAGCAUUUUUGAAAAGAAGAUCUGGAAUGCAUCCCCAGACUUUGAUUCGGUGAAUGAGGUGGACCUAGAAAUUUAUAGUUUUAAAAAGAAGUCCAGUAGUUGGGGGUGUGGCUCAAUGAUAGAACCCUUGCCUACUAUAGAAAAGGUCCUGGGUUCUAUACCUAUCACCACCAAAAAAUAAACUAUUCUUAAAAAAGAAUAGUGGCUUGGGGCUGGGGAUUUAGCUCAGCGUCAUAAGCACCUGCCUUGCAAACAGGCAGUCAUGAGUUCUAUCCCUGGUACCGAUAAAAAUGAAAAAGAGAAAAAAAAAGAAUAGUGGCUCAAACAUCCUGUUCAUCCUAGGUCUAAACAUUAGCAGACUCUCCUCUGGAUCUUGUUAUGGAUUGGGGGUGGAGGCGGUGGGGUUUUUUCCUUUUCCUAAAGAAGACAUGUUUUUAACACUUUUAAAUAAAGCUUAUUUUAAUACUAA